AUGGAGUCGGAGCACAAAGAGAAAAAGAGCGGAAAGCGAAAGGAGAGACAAGCCAAGGGCUCCUGUGGUCCCACCAAGAAGAGGGAGCUCAAAGAGGACAGUGGCUUCAUCAAUCUGGCACCUGUCAGGCAGAAGCAAGAAAAGACCUGUCAGGCUCUGUAUGUGGACAUGCGUGCUCGCUCUUACUGCGUCCUACCGCCAAUUAAAGCUAGCUGUCCACCACCAGUUCAGGCCAUAAAAGGUGCUUGGUUAGAGAAAGUUGGCCUGGAUGUUUUUGAUGAUCCAUCUCCACCUCCUCCUGUGCAGCCAGAAACAUCCCCUGAGCUGACAUUCGACCUUCCCAGCGAGUCCCUUGACACUCUGUUCAGUGCUCGGCUAUUAGGAAACGAAACUCCAGAAGAGAAUGGAGUUGAGGAGUUUCUGGCCAGCCCGGAGCACGAACGUGAGGAGAGUCAGGCCCAAGUCGAGGAGGUGUCGUCUGCUGCUGGUUGUCAUAGGAGAUCACCAAUGGUCGAGGAAGUCACUCUGAGUCAGGAUCCUGAAGACUCUAAGGUCCUUACUGUGCCUCCCGCAUUCAUCAAGAAGAUGGCGGAGGAGCUCGUCAAGCGGCUGGAGUCAUUGAUGGUUGGGGUCCCUGUGGUUUCUCUCUACGAGCGCCUGGUGGAGCGUCUGAUAGACGAACUGGAGACCAUGUCCCAUAUAAAAAUUACCCACCAGGUCCUUGGUGGGCGGCUCUUCUCUGACGAGAAUGGAGCCAUUUCUCAUAUUGUCAGUGAGGCAUACAAAAGCCUUUUGAGCAAGCGCCUGACAAACGGAGCAUCUUAUGUUGACCAGUGGACGAUCAGACAUGCUGUUAAUGCCAUCCUGAUAGCAUUUGCUGACUACGCUCUGGGAUGUUUCCAUGUCUCCAGUUCUUCCCCAGACACUGACACUGCUGUGAAGGCAUCACAGGGGUUGGGGUUUUCUGAAGUUCAGAAGGACUCAGAUCAGCGGCCAAGAACAAAUGAGUUCAAUGGAAGGAGCAAGAGUGCUGCUUCAAUAAAUCUGAGCACCUGGUCCUGCAGCACCAUCCUCAGUGAACCAGAAUUCGAGGACCAGAUCCGAGAAUGCGGUGGAUCUCCUGAUCACAGUGAUCUGAGUGAUGAGUGCUCUGAGAUAUUCGAGGCCUAUCAGAACUACCGAAGGUAUGGCCCCAAAAACAGACCUGGCACAUACCUGGUGAGGUGCACUGAGUCCCCCCUUGAAGAUUCCCCUGAUUUGUGCAGCGCCAUCCCUGCUGUUCAGGUGACUGAAGCCUCUGACGACUUGGUCGAAAAUGAGGAAGACUUGGAGACUCCUGCCCACCCAGAUGGUACUGAGGACACCACUGCAUGCAGAACAAUGAAGAAGCAGCGACUCAGUUCUCGUGUCUUCAAGUUCCUGAGAAGUGUCUUCUGUUUUGGAUGCAUCCCAUCUCGGCGUGUGGAACCCCUCUAA